AUGGAGAUGGAGGUCCAUGGGAUCUGGGUUGAUGCCCUGAGGUUGGGCCUUCCACAUUCAGUCUUUAACCUGAUCCUCACCGCACUGCUGGUCUUGGGGUCUGCCCAGGCCUUGGAAAUGUCCGUAGGCAAGAUUCCCUUCCUGGAGGCCGUGAACGGCAGCACAGUCACGUUGCCCUGCACUUAUGCCAGCUGCAUUGGCAUCGAGAACCUUUAUUUCAGAUGGCAGUUUAGCGAUAACGGCACCAUGCGAACGGUAUGUGAUGCAGUGAUACCAUCGGAGGGCGUGGUGCCAAAGGUCAAGAUUUACAAAGAGCGCUUCGAAUUUGUGGGGAAAAACAACGACAUUUCCAUACUUUUGUGGAACAUCACCUUUGACGAUGCAGGCCAGUACACUUGCUUCGGACGCAACCCAAAAGAAAAGGACAAGAACCACAGCGCCAUCUUCACGCUCUACGUGGUGGACGAGUUGAAGGUAGUGGACAACACGGUGACCAUCAUCAUAGCUUCUGCUGUGGGCGGAGCUAUCGCACUGCUGAUGGGCUUCAUGCUGCUGAAGAACUUCACCCUCUUUGUUCUUUCCAAGAUGGAGGAGAAAAAUAAGGAGUGCCUUGUAACUUCAUCAGGGAUUGACAACACAGAAAAUGGCCUCUCAGGAUCGAAAGUGGAUUCAAAAGCCAAACCUACAAAACAAAAAUGA